AUGGCCGACGAGCUCGACUCGCUCGUCAAGGGCGCCCCGCCUCCCGGCAAGGAGAUGAAGGCCGCCGUCGGCACCACCGGCGUCGUCCCCGACUCGGGCAAGCAGGGCGAUCCCUUGAGCCACACCCCGAGCUCCCCGUCCAUGAUCUACCUGAACCUCCUCAUCCUUGAGGCUUCCCUGCGCGCCCAGUACCUCGAGCUGCGCGCCCGCCGCCGCCAUCACACCUUCUUCUUCACCCUGCUGACCGCUUGGAUAAGCGGCUUUGGCUACGCCCUCUUCUUCGCCCCGCGCGAGGACGGCCGCGGCAUCGGCGGCUCCGUUUACUGGGGCGUCGAGACAUUCGAGAAAAUCUGCUUCAUGGGCGGUGUCAUGACCGCCAUACUGGUCUGGGCUACGGGCAUCUGGGAACGGGGCAUACGGUGGCCACGACGUUGGUUCGCCAUCUCCAACAGAGGACUCCGAGGCUUCAACGCCAAGCUGGUCAUCAUCCGACGACCCUGGUGGGCCGAGUUUCUCUCCACCAUUGGCUUCUUCCUGACAUACGGCCUCUUCUCCCAUACCGCGAGCUCCUCCUACCGCUACGUCGAACCUUCCACCCUGCGCGAGGUCGAGAAGGAGCUGAACCUCACCGCCGAGAACCACCCAACGCUACCCGUCCUGGUCGAAGACGAAGAAAAGGGCGGCCACGAGGAGGACCUAGCCCCCGGCGGCGACUACGUCAAGCUGCUCCUGCUGGCCAAGCCCUUCACCCCGACAUUCCGAGAAAACUGGGAGAUCUACCGCACCGAAUACUGGGAGAAGGAGAACGAGCGCCGCGCCAUCAUCCAGAAGAAGCUCGCUGCCCGCGACCGCCAAGUCGCCAAACAGCGCUGGGGCAUUUUCUGGUGGCUGCCUUGGCAUCGCAUCGACCGCUCCGGCCCCGCCCCCGUCCGCCACCAGCACGUCCCGGAGAAGACGACGAUCCACCCCCGUGCCGCCGCCAUCGAGCGCGAGCAUCGACGCCGCAGUAGCACUACCAGCGUCCACCGCCGCAGCUCCACGAGCUCCAACCGUAGCCUGGCGCCCUCCGUCGCUGCUACGAGCGACGACGGCGACGGCACCGUCAGUAGGAAGGCGAGCACCGGUUCCAACGCGUCGGACAAGAGGAGGAAGAAGAUGGCGUCCGUGUCCAAGUCGAAGCGCCCGAACAUCGAGUCGAGAUCCGUCACACCCGAGAUCCCCUCGCCCCUGGCCAGGGAGAGCAACGCCAGUCGCGGCGAAACUGGUUCCGGCGCCGAGUCGGUGGCGGAGAGGUCGCUGAGACAUUCGUCGUCCAAGGCCAGCAUCAGUUCCUCCACCCAUUCCCCGCGAGAGAAGCAGCGUAAGGUCGGCGAGGCAUGA